AUGGAAAGUUCAAGGGGUGUUUCCGUAUUUUACUGCGAUUGGGAUAGUGCAGAAGCCGAUACUAAAGAAAACGAGAUGAAUGAAACGUCAGUUAAAACCGGCACAGACAAAAUGUCGACAUCAACAACGAACGUCAGUAAUGAAUUAACAUGUGACACUCAACAGGCUUCAGCCAGUGCUUCAACGAACAAGUUCUCAGACUCGGACUCUGACAGAUCGGGGCAACAGGGUCAGGGAGAAACUUUGAGACUGUGUGGGUGGUUGUCCAAGCAAGGAACUGUCGGUUUCGUUAAAACUAAUAGGUUAUAUUGGUUCGUGUUUGGAGAUGACACUUGUAAAUUGUAUUAUUAUAGAAAUCGAAAUGACUUGCUUCCUCAGGGAGAGAUUGACAUAUCAAAGGCUUCUUUCUCUUAUAACGUGAAUAAAGAAAAACUUCAGGAUGGUGUUCUUGAAAUUCGGUCUGAGGGUAAAACACACUAUUUAGAUGCUCAGGACAGAUCUAAAAUGAUAUAUUGGUUACAAGAAUUACAGAGAAAACGCAGGGAAUACAGUCAAAAACGUACUUCAUUGUCGACAGAGAGAAUGCAAGUCACAAUUAAGAAGCAACAACAGGCAGGUGGUUUAUUGAGAUCGAAACCUGCUGUAACAGACGACAGAAUGAAAUCAACAGAUGGUACAAUUCCUAACCUCGUAUUCCCGGGAGAUGAAGUGGAAGAAGAUAGAAUAACAUCACCGAUGAAACCGACCAGUUUCUCAUCUGGUUUAAAAACAGAAAUAUUAAACGUGAUAUCUAGUAUAAAAACUCAGUCACCUUCAACCCCAGAAAGACAUUCUCCACCCGCAUCACCACGAUCUGGUUCGAGUAGCGAAGAAUGGUCCUUAUUAGAACCUGACCCUGUCUUCCCGUCAAAUCAGACGACAACAUCGUCAAAUAUCCAAUCACCCAAUUCAUCUAAAAGUCAAACGAAUUUUUUAAAUACGUUAAAGAGGAUGAAGAUUGGGAAGAGAACGUCGAGUGAUGGUAAUAUUAAAGUACAGGCUACGGCCGUUUGUGUGCGGUGUAAACACCUUUAUGAAGAAAAUGUUUUAUUAAAAGAAGAUUUAAAAGCCACAGAAGAAGAAUUAAAAGCACAUCGAGAAAUUGUAAAAUUAUUACAAAAAGAAUUAGAUACCAAAGCAACAAUAGCAAAUACAAGUAGUGAAAGUGUUGGUAAAGAGGAAGGUGAAUUAUUAGACAUGUUAAAAGAGCGAGAUAAACAUAUCGUUGAAUUAGAACAUUGUUUGUCUUUAGUACAAGAAGAAAAAUCAAUGUCUGUACAACAAACAAGGUAGGACGACUUCUUUUACAUGAUGGGGGGUUGGAUGGCCGAAUGGUUAGCGCGUUGUAUCGUAAGGUCUGUCAUUGAGUCAACUGGCAUGGUUGUACGGGACAAUGAGUAGGGUCACAUGUCCAACCUCGUGGGUUUUCUCCGGGUCCUCCGGUUUCCCCCCUCUGCUAAAGACCCCUAUGCCCAAGCGAAUUAUUGAAAUAAAAUUGAACCAUGUGUUAGUCCUGAAAUGACCUAAUUUGUGUCAAGUGGACGGUA